AUGCCGCACAUUGAUGAAGCUAUGACGCCCGAGGCGAAGGAGCUCUGGCGCCCUUCAUCCCCUGAAAAGACCCAAAUUUAUGAUUUCAUGACCAAGGUGAACAAGAAGCACGGUCUCUCUCUCAAUGACUACAAUGCUCUCUGGACAUGGAGUGUCUCAGAACCCGCCCAGUUCUGGAAGGAAAUCUGGCACUAUACACACAUUAAGGCCCACGAUCCAUACAAGAAGGUUCUCGAGUCCAAGGAGGUGAUGUUCCCUCGGCCUGCAUUCUUCGAGGGAAGCACUCUCAAUUUCGCCGAGAAUCUCCUUUACCCGGUCAAUGCUCCGGAUGAGGACUCCGUCGCCAUCAUUGGCGCCACGGAGGCAGAUCGCGAGUUUAUCUCGUGGAAAGAGCUUCGUGAGCGUGUUCGUCAAUGCGCCAAUGCUUUGAAAGAGGCGGGUCUGCAGACGGGUGACCGUGUGGCAGGCUUUGUCGGCAAUCAUGCGAACACUGUCGUCGCAAUGCUGGCCUCGGCAUCAAUCGGCGCUUUCUGGACAGGUGUGUCUCCCGAUACGGGCGUUCAUGCUGUGCUUGAGCGCCUGAAACAGAUUGAGCCUAAAAUUCUUUUUGCGGAUAAUGCCUCGCUUUACAAUGGCAAGGUGCAUGGGUCAUACGCCAAGGUCCGCGAGAUUGUUUCUGAGUUGCCCGAUCUAGAACUUCUGGUGGUGUUCGAGACUGCCAAGACCGUUGAUUUUGACCUCGAGUGUGUCCGUCCAGCAAAUGGAAAGGUCUUGACAUUGGAGGAGUUCCAGCUCACUGUCCGUGACCAGAAUGCUCCUCUCGAGUUUGCAAGCUUGAAGCCCGAGCACCCUGUCUACAUUCUCUAUUCCUCGGGAACCACAGGUGCACCCAAACCCAUUGUUCAUGGGUCAUUGGGAACACUGCUUCAACAUAAGAAGGAGCAUCUCCUUCACUGCGACAUUCGCCCUGGCGAUCGACUUUUCUACUUCACUACGACCACUUGGAUGAUGUGGCACUGGCUUGUGUCUGGUUUGGCCAGCGGUGCUACCAUCGUUCUUUAUGACGGCUCGCCAUUCCGGCCAUUCGAUGUCGAAGGUGGUAAUGGCGAGAUGGCCAUGCCCCGGCUCAUCGAUGAGCUUCAGAUCACCCACUUCGGUACCUCGGCCAAGUACCUGUCAAUGCUGGAGCAGGCGGCUCUCAACCCUCGCAAGCAUGCCCACCGACCUGUGACUCUGAAGACCUUGAGGGCCAUUUUCAGCACCGGAUCACCCCUGGCCCCUUCGACCUUUGAGUAUAUCUACUCUUCGAUCCAUCAAGAUAUUAUGUUGGGCUCUAUCACAGGUGGUACAGACAUUCUGUCCCUGUUUGCCUCGGGAUGUCCCAUCCUGCCCGUCUACAAGGGUGAAAUUCAAUGCCGAUCUCUUGGCAUGGCUGUGUCAGUCUUCGACUAUGCCGGAAACGACAUCAGCGCCUCUGGCGAACCCGGCGAUCUUGUCUGCACCACGCCUUUCCCAGCACAGCCAGUCAUGUUCUGGCCUCCCGGCCCUACCGGCUUGGAGAAGUACCGAAAGAGCUACUUCGACGUGUUUGGACCUUCCAUCUGGCACCACGGAGACUUCGUUCGGUUGAAUCCCCAGACUGGUGGUGUUGUCAUGCUUGGCCGCAGUGACGGUGUGCUCAAGCCAUCAGGCGUCCGCUUCGGCAGUGCAGAGAUCUACAAUGUCCUACUCAAGCAUUUUGCUGAUGAGAUCGAAGAUUCUUUGUGCGUUGGACGCAGACGGGAUGGAAUUGACAGUGAUGAGACGGUUGUCCUCUUCGUCAAGCUUGCGCCAACAUGCCCCUCCGAUAUCCAACCCGGGCUUUCUGCCCGGAUCCAGGCCAUUAUUCGCAAGGAACUGAGUGCUCGCCAUGUUCCUGGUGUGAUCGAUGCGUGUCCCGAGAUUCCUGUCACUUCCAACGGCAAGAAGGUUGAGAAUGCUGUCAAGCAGAUUUUGUGUGGCCUCAACAUCAAGAUUGGCGCCAGUGUGGCCAAUGCUUCUUGUCUUGAUUGGUAUCGCAACUGGGCUGUAGAGAACCCAUAA